AUGACUGAAGUCGACCCCCAGGUUGCGACCAAAGCUCCCGAGAGCGACGCCCAGGAACAGGAGGAUGGGCCCGUCAUCCCGGGAGACACACCUGCCCAGACAGGACCUACCAUGGGCGAGCAUUGCACCACCGACAGGCCGACCCCCGAUGGCGCAAAGCCCCAAGGCGAGGUCCGCAAGCUCGGCGGCAUCGAUACCUACAUCUCCAAACCCUCCAACUACCCGACCUCCCCAGCCAAGCUCCUGCUCCACCUCACCGGCGGGACGGGCCUCCACUCGACCAACAACCAGGUCCAGUCCGACCGCUUCGCCGCCGAGGGCUACGUGGUUGUGAUGCCGGACCUGUUCGGCGGCGACCCGGCUCCUAACACCAAGAACGAAACCUUCGAGUCGCCCGAGGCGCAACUCGAGUCCCAGCAGCAGGGGGCGUCGGGCGGCGGCGCCUUGGGCAGCUUCCUGGACGCCUUCAAGCUCAAGGCCGCCGAGACGGCCAAGUCCUUUUUGAUCGACAUGUGGCUGGCCCGGCACACGGAGGAGAAGGUGAUGCCCCUGCUCGAAAAGGUCAUCGAUGCGGCGCGGUCCGAGUUUGCUGAUGCCGUGGCCGCCGGCGACGGCGUCUACGCCGUCGGGUACUGCUUCGGCGGCCGGUACGUGCUACUGCUAGCGGCGGAGCGGACACCCACGCCGUCGGGCUGGAGCGGCCUGACGAAGCCGGCGGACACGGAGGCCGGCGAUGCCGCCGCCGUGGGCAAGAAGGGCCCGUACAUCAAGGCCGGCGCCCUGGCCCACGCCACUCUCGUCAGCCCGGACGACUUCACGGGGCUGAAGGCGCCCGUCAGUCUGGUGUGCGUCGAGGACGACCCCCUGUUCCCCGACGCUGUGCGGACGCAGGGCGAGGACGUGCUGGGCAAGGAGGGCGUCGAGCACGAGGUGCAGGUGUAUCCCGGCGUGCCCCACGGUUUCGCCGUCGUUGGAGACUACGCAGACCAGCAUAUCAAGGAUGCGCAGGCCACGGCUUACGAGCAGAUGUUGAAGUGGAUUAAGGAGCAUUAA